CUACAUCCGUUUUUGUUAGUAAAAUAAAGUCACAAAUGGGUACAAAUUGUUCUUGCCACAUUAGGAGGAAAAAAAAAGGCACCCAACUUUUCUAGACAAGUACCAAAGGGUGGAAAUUUCCUGGUCAACAAAAUCGACAGUGCGAUUCAUUGUUGGGGUAAAAACUUUGCAGGUCCACUUAAAAAUUAAACACACUCAUAACUCUUGCAUGGCCUAUAAAAUCCUGUGCGCAUGCAGCAGAUGUAGCCACCAAAUAAUCUAGCUUCAGACCAGAUAUCAGCAAGAACACCACCAUAUCUAAAAGAUGGCAGCACUUCAAUACAACUGCGAUGCCGGACUUGCAAAGGCUCCUACCUUUCACCCAAGCCUGUGGGGUGAUUUCUUCCUGACAUACCAGCCGCCUACUGCACCUCAGCAUGUGUACAUGAAAGAGCGAGCUGAGCUGUUAAAGGAAGAAGUUAGGGAGAUUGUAAAGGGGACAAAUGAACUACCAAAAUUAUUGGAUCUUAUAAUCACACUGCAACGGCUUGGACUAGAUAACCACUAUGAGAUAGAGAUUGAUGAGCACCUGCACUUUAUUUACAAUUCUAGUUGCGAUGUCAAAGAUCUGAAUUUGGUUUCACUGCGAUUUUAUCUUCUAAGGAAGAAUGGCUAUGAUGUGUCAUCUGAUGUAUUUCUAAAUUUCAAAGACAAGGAUGGAAAUUUUGCUUCUGAUGAUAUCAGAAGUCUUUUGAGCUUAUAUAAUGCAGCAUACCUUAGAACUCAUGGCGAGGAAGUACUUGAUGAAGCCAUUAUAUUCACUAGAAGACACCUUGAAGCCGCAUUGACCUCAUUAGAAUCCAAAUUAGCAGAUGAAGUCUCUUUGUCCCUUCAAACGCCUCUCUUCCGGAGGGUUAGAAUACUGGAAACAAGGAACUAUAUCCCUAUUUACGAAAUGGAGCCCUCACGGAAUGAAGCCAUGUUAGAGUUUGCAAAACUGAACUUCAACCUCCUUCAAAUUCUUUAUUGUGAGGAGUUGAAAACAGUCACAGCGUGGUGGAAGCAGCUUAAUAUUGAAACAGAUUUAAGUUUUAUUCGAGACAGAAUAGUUGAAAUGCAUUUCUGGAUGGCAGGAGCAUGCUCUGAGCCCAAAUAUUCUCUUUCACGAGUUAUACUCACGAAAAUGACAGCCUUUAUCACCAUACUAGAUGAUAUAAUUGAUACCCACAGUACAACAGAGGAGGGCAAGCUGCUUGCCAAAGCAAUAGACAGGUGCAGUCAAGACGCGAAUGAAGUACUUCCAGACUACAUGAAGCACUUCUACAUGUUUUUAUUGAAGACAUUUGAUUCUUGUGAGGAUGAGCUAGGACCAAACAAAAGAUAUCGGGUGUUUUAUCUCAAAGAAAUGUUAAAGAUAUUAGUCCGAGGAUACUCUCAGGAGAUAGAAUGGCGUGAUGAACAUUAUGUUCCUGAAACAAUUGACAAACAUCUAGAAAUUUCAAGAGUAACUGUUGGAGCUUUUCAACUGGCAUGCUCUUCAUUUGUUGGGAUGGGUGAUAUCAUAACAAAGGAAGUUCUCGAUUGGCUUUUGACAUAUCCAGAACUUCUCAAGUGUUUCACAACGUUUGUACGACUAUCCAAUGAUAUUACAUCAACAGAGCGCGAGCAAACUGGAGGGCAUCAUGCUUCAACUGUCCAAUGUUAUAUGUUGCAGCAUAGCACAACGAUGCAUGAUGCAUGUGAGAAGAUAAAAGGUCUAAUUGAAGAUUCAUGGAAGGAUAUGAUGCAACUCUACCUUACACCAACAGAACAGUCGAAGGUUGUGGCACAGACAGUUGUUGACUUUGCAAGGACUGGUGAUUACAUGUACAAGAAAACUGAUGCAUUUACUUUUUCCCAUACGAUCAAAGAUAUGAUAGCAUUGCUGUAUGUGGAGCCAAUAUUGUUCUAAACUGCAGAGGCCAGACAAGACCCAUUUACCAGCUAUCAUACUUCAGAAUGUAGUGUUUAAUUACUUUCAUCAGUAUAUAGAAUAACUUGGUGACUGCUAGACUUGUGUUCAGAAAUCUUGGCAGUUAAGGUAGUGUAAGAAAUGUUGUAAUAGGUAAAGUACAAAACACUAUCAUUAGCCCAUUAUAUAAAUGUAUUGUGUUACCCUCCCAAAUGACAUUUGUGCCUUUUUUUCCUUUUUUGCAUACAUUGUUUUGUUUCAAUCUCUCUAAAACUACUGGUGAUGCAAAAAAACAUGACAAUACUAGGUUUGUUAAAAUGCUUUUUAUGAGCAGGUGUUCAUUAUCACAUUUUGCUGUAUAUCAUCCUCAUGAGUCCCAGAA